AUGCCUUCAUCCAACUUUUCACCGAGCUCGAUUCCCGAUCUUUCAGGGCGAGUCUAUCUCGUUACAGGAGGUAACGCCGGCUGUGGGAAAGAAACCGUUAUUGGUUUGGCAGCUCGCGGGGCCAAAGUUUUUAUGGGUGCGCGCAGCAAAGACAAGGCCAUUGCUGCCAUUGAAGAAAUACAAGAAACGUAUCCGUCGGCUGACAUUCAUUUUCUCGACCUCGACUUGUCCAACUUUUCCAGUGUCAUGGCUGCCGCCAAAAAGAUUCGGGAUGAGGAAACUGCACUGCAUGGGCUCGUUAAUAAUGCCGGCAUCAUGGGUGUACCUUAUUCUGUGACAGCAGACGGCUAUGAGAUCCAAUUACAGACCAAUUACUUGUCGCAUUGGCUCCUAACCUAUCAUCUCCUUCCUCUUCUUCAAUCUACUGCUCGAUCAAACCCCGAAGGAACUGUCCGAUUGGCCAAUCUGACAUCGGAUGGGCACGCAAGGUUUCCGCCUUCCGACGGAAUCCACUUUGAAGACCUCGGCCUAGAGAAAGAAGGUUCUAUGAAGAGAUAUUGUCAGAGCAAAUUAGCAAACAUCUUGCACACAGCGCAACUAAACAAGAGAUACGGUCCCGAUUCUAGCGAAUCUCAGAACGGGGCAGUUUGGUUUGCAGCCGUGCAUCCUGGCCACAUCAAUACUGAUCUGAACAAACAAGCCACCGGGACUGCGCCAGGGUUCGUCCUCCGUUCGGUCACACCAGUCAUGAGGUGUCUCGGAAUUCUGGAUGCACAGGAGAAAGGAGCCUGGUCUUCACUCUUCGCUAUUGCUAGUAGCGACUUCAAGAAGUCGGACUCGGGAGCUUAUAUCGUGCCAUAUGCAAAAAUUGGAACGCCAAGCAAGCACGCACAAGAUGAGAGCCUGGCAGAGAAGCUGUGGCAGUGGACUGAGACAGAGCUUCGUGGCAAGGGCUUGCUAGAAUAAUCGCAGGCGAGACAUGAUAUAGAUAGACCUUUCAUUACACUUGAUAUAGAUAUUCAUGUCUUUUAAU